UUACAGUUUUUCUCAAAAAACAUUUUGACUGCUUAAAUCAAAGAAGUUAAACAUUUUUGAUAUAAUAAUUCAUUGUUAGGUAUCUACUGUAAGCAAAUAAUCAGUACUCCAACCGAAAAUCAUGGAGAAUAAGUCAUUAUAGAAUUAUUUAAAAUACUGAAGGGGCACCUGGGUGACUCAGUCAGUUAAGCAUUCAACUCUUGAUUUUGGCUCAGGUCAUGAUCUCACGGUUCAUGAGUUCAAGCCCUGCAUCAGUCUCUGUGCUGGCAGUGCAGAACCUGCUUGGGAUUCUCUCUCUCCCUCUUUCUGUGACCCUCCCCCACUCUCUCUCUCAAAAUAAAUAAAUAGAUAGAUAGAUAGAUAGAUAGAUAAAAUGAAAUAGUGAAAAAAUUACUCACCAAACAUAUCAGAGGGUGUUGGUUAUACAAAUUAUAGUGGAACAUAUAAGAGAAAAAUGUGUACCCAUUAAAAAAUUCAAUGAUAAAAAAUUUUUAGGGGCGCUUGGGUGGCUCAGUCAGUUGAGCAUCUGACUCUUGAUUUUGGUUCAGGUCAUGGUCCUAGGGUCAUGGAAUUGAGUCCCAUGUGGGGCUCCAUGGAGCCUGCUUAGGCUUUUCUCUCCCUCUGUCCCUCUCUCCCACUUGUGUUCUGUCUCUAAAAUAAAAAAAUUUUGUUUUAAAUAAUUUUAAAUGUUUGUUUAUUUAUUUUUAGAGAGAGAGAGUGAGCAUGGUGAGGCAGAGAGAGGGAGAGAAUCCCAAGCAGCCUCCACACUCAGCACUCGGUGUGGAGCCUGACACAAGGUUGUGGUCAUUUGCUGUCACAAGCCAUCUGCAGUGACUAAAUCUCCUGCAGUUAUCAUUUCACAAGUCUACCUGGAAAUCUGAAGAAUGAAACUCCCAAGCCGAAAUGUGGAGAGAUUUGAAUGAAAAUUCUAUGGAGAAUCUUCAAGAAAAAAGACUUAGGGAUCUAUUACUUAGGGGCUUUUCUGCUGGCUAAUUUUAGAAGAUAUGGCCAGCACAAUUACAGAGUCAGGAUUGUAUUGUGAAUCUUCCAGGAGAAGGGUACAGGAAUCCUGAACUAGAUUUUUCCCUUUGUCAGAAGUAGGGAAAAGCAUCUUCUGUAUUUCUAGAAACAAGAGCAGUAUGGUGACUCUUCAAAGUGAUGAUUAUAAAAACAUGGCAAGUGAAGAAUAUUUGUCUUUGAAAGUCCCAAGCCAAGUGGCCACAAAGGGCUCCUCAGUGACUUUCUGCAAAAAUGAGCCCCAGGAUCCUCAGAAAAGUAAAAGUCUGUUUAUAACUGAAGAAGGCACUGAGAGAAAAGUCUUGGGAGGAGAAAGUCCUCCCAUGGACCAUUGUUCAGAGAACCUUCAAAUUAAACUUUUGUCUGAUGUAACAGAACUGGUCUCGCCAUUGGUCAGUGGUGAGGCAACUUGCCAGAAUGGCCAGUUGAGAGAAUCUUUGGAUCACUUUGACUGUAACUGCAAAGACAUUUGUGGUUGGAAAUCACAAGUGGUCGGUCGUAGUCAUCGGAGAGCUCAUACAGGGGACAAACCCUGUAACCAUUACAACUGCAGGAAAAGACAUAACAACAGCUCAGGCAGUAAUCCGUGUGAGAAAAUCCACACUGCAGAGAAGCUACACAGAUGUAGUCAGUGUGGUAAGGACUUCAGCGAGCGCUCAGAGCUACUACUUCAUCAAAGGCGCCACGCAGAAGAAAAGCCCUACAAAUGUGAGCAGUGUGGGAAGGGCUUCACGAGGAGCUCCAGUCUCCUCAUCCAUCGAGCAGUCCACACGGAUGAGAAACCCUAUAAGUGUGACAAGUGCGGAAAAGGCUUCACAAGGAGUUCAAGUCUGCUCAUUCAUCACGCAGUCCAUACAGGCGAGAAGCCUUAUAAAUGUGACAAGUGCGGGAAGGGCUUUAGUCAGAGCUCCAAACUGCACAUUCAUCAACGGGUGCACACUGGCGAGAAGCCCUAUGAGUGUGGGGAGUGUGGUAUGAGCUUCAGUCAGCGCUCCAACCUGCACAUCCACCAGCGAGUCCACACUGGGGAGAGGCCCUACAAAUGUGGGGAAUGUGGGAAGGGCUUCAGUCAGAGUUCGAACCUUCACAUUCACCGGUGCAUACACACAGGUGAGAAGCCCUUCCAGUGCUACGAAUGUGGGAAGGGCUUUAGCCAGAGCUCUGAUCUCCGCAUCCAUCUCAGAGUCCACACUGGAGAGAAGCCCUACCACUGUGGCAAGUGUGGGAAGGGAUUUAGCCAGAGCUCAAAACUCCUCAUCCACCAGAGGGUGCAUACUGGAGAGAAGCCCUAUGAGUGCAGCAAGUGUGGGAAGGGCUUCAGCCAGAGCUCCAACCUCCACAUCCACCAGCGGGUUCAUAGGAAAGAUCCUAUUAAAUAAGGUCUACAGUAAAGACUUAAACAUUUUUAAUAUCGCUCUUCCCUUUAUAUUCUCAGGAGAGAGAUCAUAGGUUAUUCAGAUAUGUUCCCUCACUGAAAUUUAUUCAUUCAUUUAAAGUAUUUAAGUACCAAGCACUUUGUCAUGCUAUACAGAGAACCGAUUGUUCUGGUUCCUCGGACGGGUAGAGUGAAAUACCUGUACUUUGCAGUUCAGCCGGUGUUAUUAGAACUGUAUAUCCUACCCCACAUUUUUAAGUGCAAAAAACUUUAUAUUUGUGCAAGCAGAACAUGUUUCCCUUUGUUCACAUUCUGAGAAAUUGAAACUCUGGUUUCUCUUCAAAUCAUGUGCCUUGUGUUUUUCCUAUUUCCUUCCAGCCUUGAUGAGCUCUCUCUGAACUGUGAUUGCACGUGUUAGUUUUAGGUCAAGGGAUGGUGGGAGAUACUAUGGGCAUGAAAUCUCUUGUGUUUAUGAAAAAAAUAUACCAACAGGGUGUGGCCACGUGGCAGGUGGUAGAGAGGAGCUACUUGUGUGGUACACCCCAUACACUGUUUUACAGAAUAUUGAACCCACCCCCCCUAAGGCAGCUGCCUAGGAACAGAAGUAGUUCUUUUUCCUGGGUGCGGCUGGUCUAUUGGGGUUCUCCCAGAUCUCACCACUUCAGAUGACCCCCCGCCACCAAACUAAAGCCAAAUAGGGUACAUAUACCAUGUUGAAACAUAGCAGAAAUGAAAUAUAUCUAAAUGUAUUUAAUUCCUCACUACCUCAUUUCCUUAAUUUUCUUCAGCACUCAUGUCUGUGCUAAGCAAAACAAAGGAGUCCAGAGAGAAAAUUUCUAGUAUUUUUCUCUUUGGGCUUAUCUCUUGUUUUAAUAUUUGCUGUACCCCCCAAAAGCCAUUUGUUUUCACAGAAUCCCCAGCCUGUUUAGGUCUCGCUAUAGAUCUAGAAGUCUGAUUUAUAAAAUUAUUCUUAUAUUUGGCUGAAAGUACUUCACAUAAAAAUAGCUAUAUGGGGCACCUGGGUGGCUCAGUUGGUUAAGCCUCCGACUCCACUCAGGUCAUGAUCUCACAUUUUGUGAGUUUGAACCCCAUGAGAGGCUGUGUGCUGACUGCUCAGAGCCUGGAGCCUGUUUUCAGAUUCUGUAUCUCCCUCUCUCUCUGCCCCUCCCUGCUCACACUCUGUCUCUCUCAAAAAUAAAUAAAUGUGAAAAAAAAAAAAAGCUAUAUAAAAACAUUUAACCUAUUUGGAGAGUAUGUUUGGGAUGACCAGGCUUAAAAUAUGCAAUGUAUCACAUAUAAUUCACUUGCAGUGUGAAGCUAGGACACUUCAAAGAGACAUUUGUCCCCUAGAAGUUGAUACAAGAAGCGGAAGCAACAGGUGAAAGAAAAGUGAUUAUGUACAUAACUAAAUUGAAAUUUACUAUACAAUGAGCAGCCCUCAUUUUCUCACUAAUGGUUAAUGAUUCCUCAAGCAGUUCUCAGGUGGUUACCUAGUGUUUCAUAUCCCAGUUUUUCACCAAUAACUAGUAUCCAUAUAUGAAAAAUAUGGAUGCUUACUUAUUAGCUUGAGAACAUGGGGUUAUAACUAAUAUAUCCUGACCAAGGUAAGCUGAAGUAGUUAACUGGACAUAGAUAACAGGAAAAGUAUACAUUAAUUUUGGGGAAACAGCUCAUCUCUAUUAAGGAAUAAAGAAGAGAGAUUAAGACAUUUGCCUUUAAGAGAUAGUUCCAGAAUAUUUGACUCCACCCUUGAGUAAACGUUCCAUAUGCAAUGAUUAGGGUGAUGAUUAAGCAUCUGCCCUUUAGCCAUUCCAUAAUGUCUCACUUGUUUGGGUACUCUAAGGCAACAUCACAAAUGAUGUGAUUCUGUUUCACCAAUCUCUAGAAUAAUGAAUGAAUGCCUCUCAUUCCUUCUACCCUCAUAGAUCAUACCUGAGUAUCUAUUCAGGAUUUCACUCUUUGUCACAUAUGUCUUCUAACUCCCUGAUAUAUGGGAUCUAACUGGGGUUUGGAGCCAAAUAUGAUCACAAGAACCUGUGUGCUUUGAGGAUAGAGGGAGGUCGGAAGUCCAAAUCUCAAAUGGUUAUAAAAUAGCUUAUUUUUCCAAAUUUCCUUUUAUACAUAACUUAUGAUAUCAAUGUUUUUAACUAUGUUUAGCUUUUACUGUUUUAAGCAUCAUCUUCCUUAAUACAAUUGAAAUAUGAUCAGAGUCCUUGGGAAGCAUUUCACGGAUUAUGGGAAAGAAAAGAGGGAUUUACACAUGAAAAUACAGGGGGAACAACAGGGGAUAUGUCACAUUUCAUCAGAUCUUAAGAAACCAUUGAUUGUGAAAAAAGCACUUUGCUAAGAUACAUCCCAAUUUCAUGAAAAAAAUAUAUGUGUGCUUUAGGAUUGUUGAAGAAGAGUUUUUUCAGAGUUCAAGGGUUGCCCUAGGCUUGAUACUUGAUUUGAACAAAGACCUUUGGCUAUUCUCAGUAAUCAUCAGUUAUAUUCAAUUGAUAAUUCUGUCUCUAUAUAGGUUACAGAUUAUUUGUUGAGUACUUGGAACACUUUUACAAUUCUUUAAAUUCUUACCUAUUCAUUGGGUGCUGUUCCUUCUGUAUGGGUUGUUUAAUAUCUUAAAGUCAAAAUACUAGUGAAUAUGUGAUCACUACUUGUCACAUUUCCAAAUUAUAAUCUGUUUAACUUUUUUAAGAUUUUAUUUUUAAGUAAUCUCUACAACAAACAUGAGGCUCAAAUUCCCAACCCCGAGAUCAAGAGUUGCAUGUUCUACCAACUGAGCCAGCCGGGCACCCCUGAUAUUUUAAUUUUUCCUUCCCACCCCCCACCCUGACAGCCAGAGUUAGGGGAUAGAACGAAAUAUGGAAAUUCCCAUGGCUUUCCCAUUGUACUUUCAUUGAUGAGAAAGCAUCAUGACUGGUCAUGGAGUACAAGACUAUACCCUAGGUAAUGAAAGCAAACAAAAGUUCAAAGCAACAUGCCCAAAGAAGUUGCAAGAGUAAAACUGACACCAGAUUGGUACCUGAAGGCAGGUAAUAACAACAAGUAGGUUCAAGAGUUAGAUCUGGGAAAAGCUAAUAUAUAGGAACAUGUGGCAAGGGCCACAGAAAUGUCAGUGUAUGGUCAACCCAAGCAAAAUGACUAGCAGAGAAAAGGCUAGAAAGUGCACUUUUUGUUAAACAUCUCUCUGGACAGCAUUAAAAUGCUAAAAAGAAAUUUUUUACAUUUAUAAAACCACAGCAAUAAAGAGAACAGGAGGAAGACCAUAACAAACAAAUCUCAACAAAAAUUUGAAAGAUGGAAGGGGGGUGGCUAUUGUAUCAGAGCAGAAACAGGCACCAUUUAAACUGCUUGCAUAUGAAGAUAAGGACAAAAAGUAACCAGUUUGGCUCCAGUCUCAGAAAUGCUUAAUACUGUGGAAGACAGGAGUGAGACAUGAAGGGAAAGCAGUGAAAUUAAUGUCCAGGUGUAUAUGGAACAUUCACUUAACCCCAUACACCCAUGCCCUCCUCUCCAACCCCUGUGCCCUUGCCAACCAGAGAUUUACCCUCCAGCAAGAGGUGGGGAGUUCUUUGCAGAAAUUGGCCUGGAGGGAGAGAGACCUGUAUUCUGGCAUUUGAGAAUCCAACAGUAAAACAGUUAUCUUCUCUCUCCAAUACUUAUAGCUUCAAAAUGCAUGAAAUAAAAACUGAUAAAAUUGGGGCACGUGGGUGGCUCAGUCGGUUAAGUGUCUGACUUUGGCUCAGGUCAUGAUCUCACGACUCAUGAGUUCAAGCCCCGCAUUGGGCUCUAUGCUGACAGCUCAGAGCUUGGAGCCUGUUUUGGAUUCUGUAACUCCCUCUCUCUCUGCCGCCCCCCCCCCCCCCCCCCCCACACUCAUGCUCUGUCUCUGUCUCUCAAAAAUAAAAUAAAAACAUUGAAAAAAAAUUUUUGAAUGAUAAAAUUGAAGGGUGCGUGGCUGACUCAGCCAGUGGAGCAUGCGACACUUGAUCUCAGAGUUGUGAGUUUGAGCCCUGUGUUGAGCUCAGAACCUACUUAAAAAAAAAAAAAAAUCUGAUAAAAUUGAAAUAAAUGUAGACAAGUAUGGUUAUUUCAAGUAUUUCAACACUUAAGUGAUACCACAAAUAGAAAAUCAGUUAAGGGUGCUUAACCGAGUUACCCAGGUGAAGGGCAAUCCAGUUUUAAACAAAGACACGCUGAAACUCUGCAAAAUGUUCUUAUGUUAGCUACUUGACUAUUAAGAUGCCCUUAAAGUUUUAAACUGUCAAAAAAAAAAAAAUCAGUUAAGGGUAAAAAAGACCAUCAACUAAUUUGAUUAAAUGACAUACAUAGAACACCACCCAACAACAGCAUAAUGUACAUUCUUUUCAGGUGCAAAUAUUGUGAGCUAUAAAACGAGUUUCAAAUGAUUUAAAAGAAUGGAAACUAUACAAGGUACGUAUAACCAGAAAAUAAUUAAAUUAAAAAUCACUAACAGAUAUCUGAAGAACCCCAGAUAUUUGGAAAUUAAAUCACCCUCCUAAAUGAGCCAUGAAGAGGAGGUAAAAAGGAAAAUUUGAAAAUAUUUUGAACUGAAAGUAUAUACCGAAAUAUUUGGAUCUACUAAAGCAGUGUGGAAUUUUAAACUUUAUGCCAAUAAAUUCAACAACUUAGGUGAAAUGUAAAAACUCCUUGACAAGCAAAAACUACCAAAACCCACUCAAGAAGAAAAGAAAUGUGAGUAGCCCUAAAAGUUGAAUUUGUAGCUGACAACCUUCCCCCACAAAAAAAGUGCAGACCCAGAUGGCACAAAUGAAUUCUAAAAAUAUUUAAGGGAGACAGAGCAACAAUUCUAUACAAAUUCUCUUCUAGGAAGAAACACUUAACAACCCAUUUGUGAGCCAACAUUACCCACGUACCAAAGCCAGGAAAAGACCUCACAAGAAAAGAAAAUCAUACAUCAACAUCUCUCAUGAAUACAGAUGCAAAAAAUUCUUUUAAAAAAUAGCAAAUUGAAACUACUAUCUAUAAAAGAUGGUAAUACCUCAUGGAGUUUAUCCUAGGAAUGCAAGUUUGCUGUAUCAUUCAGAAUCAAUGUAUUUCAUCAUACUGACAUACGAAAAAGAAAAACCCUCUCUUAUUUAAAUGCAGAAAAAGUAUUUGAAAAACAUCAACAUUCAUGAUUAAAAACUCUCAAUUGGUAAGGAAUUAAAGGGAUCAUCCCCAAUCUAACAAAGAGUGUCUAUGGAAGAACCAGCACCUGACAUAUUUAAUGGUGAAAUAAAACGCAGUUUCCUUCUAAAACUAGGAAGAAGGCAAAGAUAUCUACUCCCCUCUUCUAGUCAACAUUGUCCCAGAUGUAGCUGGUGCAACAAGGCAGUAAAGAGAAAAAGGAGGGGGGCCCACCAUAAGUCUGAGCAUGCACCGUAUGCCAGGCUGCAUUGGUUUGGGGACAAUUGAGCUGGGCCUAAGUAUUGGGACAGAGCACACCAUUAAGGGCAGAUAGAAAAGACACAGAUGGGGGGGCAGCUGGGUGGCUCAGUUAAACGUCUGACUGCGGCUCAGGUCACGAUCUCACGGUUCGUAAGUUCGAGCCCACGUCAGGCUCUGUGCUGACAGCUCAGAGCCUGGAGCCUGCUUCGGAUUCUGUGUCUCCCUCUCUCUCUACCCAUCCCCCACUCAUGCUCUGUGUCUCUCAAAAAUAAACAUUAAAAAAAAAAAAAAAAGAGUCACAAAGACCCAGGCACAUGAAGGGAGAAUACCAUAUGACAGCAGAGACAUUGGUGUACAGUUGCAAGCUAAAAAACACCGAGGACAGAGAGCCAUUACCAGAAGCUAAGAGAAAUGAGCAAUGUAAACAUAAACACUGUAAACAUAAACACAAAACCCAUAAAGUGCUAUAAAGAGAGAAAGAAAAAAAUUAGAUAUGGUUUCAAGGAAGCCAUGAGAUGAGAUAGUAACAGAAGAAUAGUCAAUAGUAUUGAAUCUUGCCCAAAACUGAGGGGCAAGAGAAUAUAUUAGAUUACAGAGUAAGGGGUAUUGAUUGGGAGGAGGAAGCAUGGUCAUGCAAUGUGUGAAAAAGCCAUACAGAUGCCUCUGAUAGUCCUUUCCCUUCUUCUCCCCACCCCUCCAACGUUAAUCUAGGCAAAUCCUAAGCAAAACCCGUUGUUAGUGUUCCUUUUUUCUAUUCCCUAUGCGUUAUAUAGAUAUCACUAUCAGGGUUCAAGUUCAAGAUGGCAACAAAGAGGGAUCCUGAACUCACCUCUUUUCAUGGACAUACCAAAUCUAUAGCUACAUACAGAACAAUUUCCUCUGAAAAACACCAAACAGGUAAAUCACUUUAUUUUGUUAAGGUGUUUUUCUGAGGUUUUAUUUUGUGCUUUCAUUUGGAACGUAUUCCUCUGUUUUUCCAUUUUCCUUCACUUUGUAAUGGUUUAAUGCAUUGUAUAAAACAACCACCUCUCCCAGUCUUAAAGGAGUGUCCUUAUAUAGGAGAUAUACCUUAUUGUUCAACCCAAACCUUUGUGAUUGUCUAAGCAUCUACCUUAUUUUUAGUGGCUCCCAGUAGUUCAGGAUGUGACAAGAUCUGUCAGUGUCCCAAAGAGGAGAAUCCCAGUCAGCGUCUAAAUUCAGACUGAUUGAAACCCAGACCCUCAGGCAGCAGCUUUUAAAGUAUGCAAAUAUAUCUCUUCCAGAGAAAGACUAGGAAAUCACUGUUUCUGUCUGCUCACUUUGCACUGGGCACUGGGGUGAUAGCCAGUUAAGAACUGUUUCUUUCUUUGCUAUCAUCCCAUAGAACCCAUGAACACCAGCCCCACUGGCCACCACAGCCAGGCUAUGAAGGAUGUGUCCCCUGGGCAGCUAACACAAAAUUGCAGGCACCAGACUUGCACACAGACUCCUCAGAGACACUGAUGACCUGGGGCAGGGCAAAGAGAUUGCAUAAAGAUGGUGCCCACUGACAUCCCAAGUCUCUAGAAAGGAUUGCAGUCCUUAGUACAUCAGACUAUAUAGAGUUACAUCUAUUAUGAUGGUGACACAGCAGUGCAAUGUCUUUUCAAACAAAUAAAACCAUGUCACUGUGAUAACCAUAUGGUUAAAAAAAAGAAUCACACUAUUGAGUUGAUGAAUUGCAAGUCUAGAUGUGAAAGUUUUUUAAGGUUUUAGUAGAAAACAGAUGAAUAACUUCAUGAGCUAGGAACAGGCAAAAAAAUAGGACACAGCACUAACCACAAAGGAAGAGAACUGGAACACAUUAAACUUAAGAUUUUCUGUGCAAAAAAAAACAAAAAACAAAAAACUAUUAACUAAGUAAAAAGGCAAGCCAUGGUGGAUGAAGAUACUGCAAUUCUUACAUAGGACAUGACCAAGACUUUAAUUCAAGAAUAUAUAAAUAAAACCUACAAAUUAAUAAGACAAAAGCUGGCAACACGAUAGAAAAAUGAACAAAAGACUUAAGCACUUCACAAAAAGACAGCUUAUCCAAAUAGCCAGUGAACACAUGGAAAAAAUAUUCUACUUUAUUAGCCAUCAAGAAAAUGUAAUAAAAACCAUAAGGCAGGUUUGCCUGGCUGGCUCAGUUGGUAAAGCAUGCAACUCCUGAUAUUAGGGUCAUGAGAUCAAGCCCCAUGUUGGGUGUAGAGCUUACUUUAAAAAAACAAAACCCACAAGGCAGAACUACACAUCCACCAUAAUGGCUAAAAUGAAAAGGCAGACAAUACCUGCAUUAGUGAGGAUGUGAAGAAACUGCAACUCUCAUACACCUGCUGUGAAAAACUAAAUUGAAGCAACCAGUUUGGAAAGUGAUGGCAGAAUCGACUAAAGCUGACUAUAUACAUAUCAAAUGACUUAGAAUUUUACUUUUGGUGUAUGUUGAACAGAAAUGCGUUCAUAUAUUCAUCUAAAGUCACGCACUGAAAUGUUAAUAGCACUAUUUGUCAGAGCCAAGAACUGAAAAUUCUCCAGUGCUUGUAACAGAACAGGUAAAGUGUGGUAUACUGACACAGGGGAAUAUUAGACUACAUUACUAAUCACCAGACCCAGGGCACCUGGGUGGCUCAGUCGGUUGAGUGUCCAACUUCGGCUCCGGUCAUGAUCUCACCAUUCAUGAGUUUGAGCCCUGUAUCUCUCUCUCUCUCUGUCUCUCUGUCUCUCUCUCUCUCUCAAAAAUAAACAACAAUAAAAAAAAAGAUUUAAAAACAAUAAUAAUGAGCACACCACAAUUACAUGCAACUAUAGGGAUGAAUCAAACAAAAUGGUGAAUGGAAAAAGUCACACAUGAAAGAUGUAUAUUGAGUGAUUUUAUUUAUACCAAAUGAGUAGAAUUAGUUCAAGAUUGAAAGUAAAAAAUCAUCUGUUGCUUAUAAUAUCUAUUAUCUGCUAAUAGGCAUAAAGCCAGCUGCAAAGUUAAUAGAAAAUAUUUCUCCCAAGUUCAUGCUGCAGAUGUAAAAUGUCCUAAUGACCCCCUUCUUCAAGUUACUGCUGCCUUUUUACUAAUGAUGCCUCAGUCCUAACUUGCUGUUCCCAUCUGCUGAGCAAACAUUACUGAGAUACCUAAUUGCUCAGCUGCCUUAUGACAGCUACCAUUUUAGAGCUGAUCCCAACUUCCCCUAACUCCUCAGAGUUAUUCGACCUAAGCCCAGUGUUUCCCUGCUCCCUCUUCUCACCAGACGCACUCAAGUUGCUGAGAUGCCCUCUCUCAUUGCAGCAAGCCAAUAAGCCUACACCUGAACUAAACUACCUUGCUGUUCCCAUCUGCUGAACAGACAUUACUGAGAUACCUAAUUGCUAAGCUGCCUUAUGACAGCUACCAAUUUAGAGCUGAUCCCAACUUCCCCUAACUCCUCAGAAUUAUUCGACCUAAGCCCAGCCUUUCCCUGCUCCCUCUUCUUACCAGAUGCACUCAAGUUGCUGAGAUGCCCUCUUAUUGUACCAAGCCUAUAAGCCUACACCUGAACUUAGUUGUUGUUCUUGGUGGUAUUUAGCUGGUUGGGCAUUAAAAAUACAUCAAAAGCAGGAAAAAAUAAUGCAUGAGGUUAGAAGUGAGAAUAAUAGCUAAUACUGGAGGGGUAGGGACUACGAGGGGGCACAAGAGUGACAUCUGUAGUAUUGAUAAUACUGAAUUUCUUGAACCAACUGGUGGUUAUGCAAGUGUGUUCACUUUAUGAAGAUGAGUUGAGCUGUAUACUUAUAAUUUGGGCACUUUUCUCUAUGUUAUACUUCAAUAAAAAGUUUAUUUUUUAAAA